AUGGCGACAGCAAUGAUGAAGUCCACCGCUUUCUACAACAUUGCAGCGACGAAAAUAAUGAUGGCGCGAAGGCGAAGCUCUCUCAGACAAAAGAAAAGCCUAUGGGACGAAGCCGCCAAUCUCCUAUCCAAAGAAGAUCGCAAAUACCUCAACUUUGACGACCAGGACCAAACAAUCAAAGCAUCUAAAGGACAAACUCCGCAACGAAUCUUGGAGGAUAUCGAAUCACAGAUCGAAGCAGGCAAAAGUAAACAAUGGCGAUUUCGGAAGAGUAAUGGUGACGAAGUCACUGUCAGAGAAUUGCUGGAGAAAGUUGCGAAAUGGGUAAAUAAGUUCAAGGAGAUUGGGGAUGUGGUGGUUCAGUAUGAUCCGGUGCAUGCGGCUUUGCCGUGGGCUGCGUUACGCUUUUUCUUGGUAAUCACAAUCAACGACGUCGAAAGAUAUGGUGCAAUGAUGGAAGGCAUUGAAGUCGUCGCUGGCAUAAUCGCACGUUUUUCCGAAGUCGAAAAGAACGAUCUCACCGGCCGAUCAAACCUCAAGACACAGCUCGAAAAUGGUCUCAUCAAGCUCUAUGCAGCAGUAUUAAAAUACCUAGCCGAGGCGCGCCAUUACUACAAUUCGUCGACUGGCAAGAAACUAGCAAAAUCGCUGAUUCCGGUGGCCAAGUCUACGGCAGAAGAGCGGUUAGAUCGCAUAUACAAAGAAGAAAACGACGUAUAUCGACUGGUGAAUCUGGUCCAGGCCGAGAACCAGGCCAAUCGGUUGAUUUCGAUUCAGGCGUCACUAAUCAACUUGGAGGAAAACCUUCUACAAGCAAAAUCAGCCCUCUCAGCGGCUCGGCGACGUCUGUUGGAGAGACUCGGUGCUACGUAUACAAACGACAAUUAUGACGGCGCACUUUCUCUCAGACGGGACGGAACAGCGAAUUGGAUUUUUGAUCGCGAUGUUUUCAAGGCAUGGAUGAACAGGGGUUCUUCAAAGUCGAAUCUCUUGUGGAUCUACGGCGGACCAGGGUUCGGGAAAACAGUGCUGGCCGCAGGAAUGGUUAAAUAUCUUCGAGAAAAACGACCCAAAUCCGUGGCGUAUUUUUUCUGUGUGUCAGAAAACGAAGCGAAACGCGAUCCGUACGCGAUUCUCACGUCAUGGGUUGCCCAAAUGAUUGAGCAGAAUGAUGCCGCGGUCAGAAUAGCAAGCCACUUGAUUGAUGUAGAAGAGCUGCGCGCCAUCACGAGGUCUGAGAAAUGGAACUUGUUUCGAAACAUUUGUCGGGGUGUUAAGGAUUGCACGUUUGUUAUUGAUGGCUUCGACGAGUGCUCUGGCCUCAACAAGACUUCUCGGUUUGAUACAGAUGAUGCACGGGCUCAGUUCUUGCAGGAAUUAAUCGUGGAGUUAUGUGCUGCAAAGGCGAGUGUGCUUGUGGUAAGCAGGGAUACCGCUGAGAUCCGCGAGGAGAUAUUCAGAGAAAAGGACAAUGAGGAAGUCACUAUUUCCUCAUAUCAGAUCACUGCAAAAGAUACUCGCCCAGACAUUGAAGACGUUUCAAAAUACGUCGUUGACUUCAAAUUGUCCAAAAAGCCAGCACAGCUUCGUGAAGAAAUUGCCACAAAAGCAGCAGAAAAGUCAGAGGGCAUGUUCCUCUGGGUUCAUCUGCUUUCUCAGAAACUCAAGCCAGGCAUCAAUGCAAGCCAACUUCAGAAAGUGGUUUCCCGGAUGCCGGCUGGACUCGAGCAGGCAUAUGAGCGUGAUCUCACUCAUAUUGACAGCUUGGACGAAGAUGAGCGACACCGGGCGACCGACAUACUGCGAUGGGUGUUGUUUGCCGUUCGACCGCUAACCGUUCGUGAGUUGGUAGAAGCCCUUAUCUUGAAUGGAAAUAUCGAUGACGAUAACCCAUAUCCUGAAGAUGAACUACCGGACUCUUGGAAGGUCAAUUACGUUGACGAAGACUACGUGAACGAUGUUCUUCGACAACCUUUAGGCUCGCUGAUCGAACUGAGAAGCCGCGGAGAGAAUGAGCCGCUCUCCGCGUAUACGGUACACUUUGUACACUAUUCUGUCAAAGAGUACCUUCUUCGACCGAAUGAUGCCGGUAUAUCGAGAGCGCAGACUUUGUGUUUUCCGGAUAACAAGUCCGAAAACGAUCGGCUCGCAAAGCUCUGCCUGCAAUAUCUGUGCUAUGAUGUUUUUGGGAAUGCAAUUUCGCCGGAUAUCAUUGAAAGCGCAAGAAGACUGUUAAAUCCCGCUACUUCAAAUUGGGUCAUGUGGUCAAAAGUUUUCGAUGGAGCCGAUGAUGACUCUGAUACAAGUGACUCGGAGCCUGAUUCCAAGGAUGACACAGGGUCGGGAGAAUCCGGUACCGAUGACACGGAAAACGAUGAAGACGAUGCUUCAGAUGAUGGCGGGAAUGAAGAAGAAGAUUGGGAAGAUGUUGAUGAUGAUGAUGAUGAUGACGAAGACGAUGAAAACGAAUUCGGGGGACCCCUAUACUACGCGUCUCUUCUUGGUCUGCUCGAUAUUGUCAAACAACUCCAUUCAGACGGUUUGGACGUCAAUGCUAAAGGCGGAAAAUAUGGCACUGCGCUACAAGCCGCUGUCGUCAUGGGCCAUUUUGAUACCGUCAAAUUUCUCAUCGAUAACGGGGCUGACGUCUCUGUAUAUGCCGGUCUAUACUCCUAUGCUAUUUGUGCAGCUGGGUCGGGCGGACAUCUGGACAUCAUCAAAUUACUAGUCGAAUCAGGGGCCGACCUUGAGAGUGAAGACGACCCAGAUAAAUAUCGGCUCAUUCAUUAUGGCUCAUAUAAUCCACAAAUAAUGAGAAUGUGCCUGGACCAUUGCGCAAACACCGAGGCAAGAGAUAGCAGAGGACGUACUGCCUUAUAUUGGACAGGAAUUAGUGGCUAUCUAGAGUGUGCGCAGAUGCUAAUCGACGCCGGAGCGGAUAUUAAUGCCGAAGUUGAAGAUUGGGGAUCCCCGUUAUAUGCUGCUGUUAAGAACAAUCAUUUUGACAUCGUCAAGCUCUUGCUCGAUCGGGGAGCUCGGGUUGACAUGAAAUGUAAAAAUGCCAUGACGUGUCUACAUCAAGCUGUGUUAAACAGCAGAGAAGAUAUUGUCAAGAUCUUGCUGGACCAUGGUGCGGAGGUCGAUGCACCUUAUUACCUGGGGUCCACCCCAUUGAGAUUGGCAAGUGGGUUUCCUGGCCAUUUACCAUCAGCAGAGCUUUUGCUCCAGCAUGGUGCAGACAUCAAUCUUGCGGAUAAUAGCGGUUGGACGCCGUUACACGUUUCCACUGCAGCUGGCCACGAGGCGCUUGUCAACUUAUAUCUCGAGCAUGGCGCUGAUAUUGAGGCGGAAACUUCCUCAUCAAUUACCCCAUUGAUGCUUGCCGCCUAUGGUGAUUCGGUUAAAAUUUUGGAGAUACUUCUCGCACAGGGCGCUGAUCCCAAAAAGUACGAUAUUAGCGGAGAUACUAGUUUAGAUCAUGCGAUCCAUAGGCACCGCGACGAAAUGAUCUUGUUGCUGCUCGGUCAGAAUGUUCUGACUACUUCACCGGUCCCUCCAGAAGAUGAGGCGGCUUUCAAAAAGCAGAACAUGAGUCUCCAGAAGGCGGUCUUCCAAAAAGAUCGCGAUCAAGUAGAAGCUGAACUAGCUAAUACCCCGCCAUCAAACACGGGAGUCCUUCUAGAUAAUGCACUGAUAACUGCGGCGAUUGCAGGGUCAAUCGGACUGACAGAGACCUUCCUGGCUAUGGGAGCAAAUGUGAAGUCCGCAACAUCGAAUCGAAGGACCGCUUUGCAUUACGCCGCGUUCUAUGGGCAUUUCGAUGUAGUAAAGCUUUUGCUUGAUCACGAUGCAGACCCUUAUUCUCGCGAUAUGAACAAAUCGUUUCCCCUGGAGUUGGCUAUCCAAGGGGGUGGCAGAAACGCACCGUCGGUAAAAUAUUUGAUUGAGAAGCAUGGCUUUGGUCCGGAUUUCUCCUCGCCAAGUGCCUCCUUGCUUGAAGCUUGGACGAACAUUGCCGGCACGCUUAAGGGAUACUAUUCGUACAGCAGUUGGAGCAAAGGCAGGAAAGAUGAUAUGUCAUUUGAUGUUAUAGCUUGGAAUGACGAAAAGAGCUCCGGUCCUCUCGGACAACCCCCGAGGUUCCUUGGCCAUGGCUCAGAUGUUAUUGGCGAAUUCGAGAUCUUGGGCUUCCUUCAUGGAGAUAAGCAGGUGACGUGGGCCAAGCUAUAUCUGGGUGAGAAGGGACAGGGGUGGUUAUACUCGGGGGAAUUUGACGAAGGAAAGUUGUCAAUCAAAGGCUCAUGGGGAAGGAACAUGCAGUUAUGGCACGGUAACUUUGUGCUAGAAAAGGGGAAAGUCAAUUGA